GCCACCCCUCCCUCGGGCAUUGCUGCCAUGAAUGCCCUCCUGCUCUCCGCACUGUGCCUCCUCGGGGCCUGGGCUGCCCUGGCAGGAGGGGUCACCGUGCAGGACGGAAAUUUCUCCUUUUCUCUGGAGUCAGUGAAGAAGCUCAAAGACCUCCAAGAGCCCCAGGAGCCCAGGGUUGGGAAACUCAGGAAGUUUGCACCCAUCCCUGGUGAACCUGUGGUUCCCAUCCUCUGUAGCAACCCAAACUUUCCAGAAGAACUCAAGCCUCUCUGCAAGGUGCCCAAUGCCCAGGAGAUACUUCAGAGGCUGGAGGAAAUCGCUGAGGACCCGAGCACGUGUGAGAUCUGUGCCUACGCUGCUUGUACUGCUUGUACCGGAUGCUAGGGAGGCUUGCCCACUGCCUGCCUCCCCUCCCCAGCAGGGAAGCUCUUUUCUCCUGUAGGAAGGGCCACCCAUGAUAUUCCACUCCCAGCAGCUCAAGCUACCCUGGUCCAGUCGGGAGGAGCAGCCCAGGGAGGAACUGGGUGACUGGAGGCCUCGCCCCAACACUGUCCUUCCCUAGAGCCACUCCAACCCCCCGCUAAUAAACCAGAUUCCAGAGUA